UCUCUCCUGGCCGAAGCCACCCCCUCCCUCACCUCGACACGGUGUCUCCAGCGCAUCAUCCCUGGUCCCCCUCCCUCCUCCAGUGACCGUCCAGCUCCGCACGGGGCCAGCGUCCAGUUCAAACCUCAGCAUGACCUCAGCGGGAGGAGCAGCGAGCAUGCCUCCACCACAAACCUCUUUAUAACGCCAACUUCAAGACAAUCUCAUGGGCCAUAGCAGAAGGACGCCGGCAGAGCGGAGAUGUUCAGAAAGAGGCCUCCUCCAGAGGAGGAGAGAAGGGUCAGAGCCAAUGACAGAGAGUACAACGAAAAGUUUCAGUACGCGAAUAACUGUAUUAUGACAUCCAAGUACAAUAUCAUCACCUUUUUGCCCGUCAACUUGUUUGAGCAGUUCCAGGAAGUAGCCAACACCUACUUCCUUUUCCUGCUCAUACUGCAGUUAAUACCUCAGAUCUCCUCCCUCUCCUGGUUCACUACCAUCGUGCCUUUAGCUCUGGUGCUGAGCAUCACCGCAGUAAAGGAUGCCACAGACGACUAUUUUCGUCACAAGAGCGACAACCAAGUGAACAACCGUCAGUCUCAGGUCCUCAUCCGCGGAUCGCUUCAGAAUGAAAAGUGGAUGAACGUUCGAGUGGGUGAUAUCAUUAAACUGGAAAACAACCAGUUUGUGGCAGCUGACUUGCUCCUGUUGUCCAGCAGCGAGCCUCACGGACUUUGUUACAUCGAGACAGCCGAGCUGGACGGAGAGACGAAUAUGAAGGUUCGUCAGUCAGUCUCGGUGACGUGUGAACUGGGAGACCCGAACAACUUGGCUUCGUUUGACGGUGAAGUGGUGUGUGAGCCCCCCAACAACAAGCUGGACCGUUUCUGUGGGACUCUAUACUGGAGAGACAAGAAAUACGCCCUCACCAACCAGAACAUGCUGCUGCGAGGAUGUGUCCUCCGCAACACCGAGGCCUGCUACGGCCUGGUCAUCUUCGCAGGCCCAGAUACCAAGCUGAUGCAGAACAGCGGUCGAACCAAGUUUAAGCGUACGAGCAUCGAUCGGCUGAUGAACACUCUGGUCCUCUGGAUCUUUGGUUUCCUGGUGUGUAUGGGCGUGAUUCUGGCUGUGGGAAACGCAGUGUGGGAGAGAGAGGUGGGCUCCCUGUUUCAGAGCUAUCUGCCCUGGGACCCUCCUGUGGACAACUUCAUGUUCUCUGCCUUCCUCUCCUUCUGGUCCUAUGUUAUCAUACUCAACACCGUGGUGCCUAUCUCUCUUGUGGAGGUGAUCAGACUGGGCCACAGCUACUUCAUUAACUGGGACCAGCAGAUGUUCUGCUCACAGUGUAACACAGCGGCUGAGGCCAGGACCACCACUCUGAACGAGGAGCUGGGUCAGGUUGAAUACAUCUUCAGUGACAAGACUGGAACUCUCACUCAGAACAUCAUGAGCUUCAACAAGUGCUCCAUCAAUGGACAGACUUACGGUGAAGCAGCAGACCCGCUGGGACCUCAGCCAAAGAGAUUAGACUUCACUCCCUUCAACCCUCUGGCGGACCCCAAUUUCUGUUUCUAUGACGACACCCUGCUAGAAUCGGUGAAAGUGGGAGACGCACACACUCAUGAGUUUUUCCGGCUGCUCUCCCUCUGUCACACCGUCAUGAGCGAGGAGAAGAGCGAGGGAGAGCUGGUUUAUAAGGCUCAGUCUCCAGACGAGGGCGCACUGGUGACAGCAGCUCGAAACUUUGGCUUUGUGUUUCGCUCCCGAACGCCUGGGACAAUAACUAUCACAGAGAUGGGACGACCCGUCACUUACACUCUGCUCGCCAUUCUCGACUUCAACAACAUACGCAAGAGGAUGUCUGUUAUAGUGCGUAACCCAGAGGGCCGGAUCUGUCUGUACUGUAAAGGGGCCGACACUGUGCUGCUGGAGAGACUCCACCCCUCGAACCAGGAGCUGAUGAAUAUCACCUCAGACCACCUCAAUGAGUAUGCAGCAGAUGGUUUGCGGACACUGGCGCUGGCCUACAGGGACCUGUCGGAGGAUGAGUGGGAGGCGUGGUCAGAGAGCCACCGCUGCGCCGAUAAGGCAGCCAGCUGCAGGGAGGACCGACUGGCAGCUGCUUACGAGCAGAUAGAACAAGACAUGAUGCUCCUGGGUGCCACUGCUAUAGAGGACAAGCUGCAGGAGGGUGUCCCAGAGACCAUUGCUGUCCUCUCUCUGGCUAACAUUAAGAUCUGGGUUCUCACUGGAGACAAGCAGGAGACGGCUGUCAAUAUAGGUUACUCCUGCAAGAUGCUGACGGAUGAUAUGACGGAGGUGUUCAUCGUCAGUGGACACACGGUCCAGAGCGUACGGCAGGAGCUCAGGAGGGCGAGGGAGAGGAUGAUCGAGCUUUCACGAACCAGGGAUGGAGAAAAGGAGGAGGGGAUGGAGGGAUGCUUCAUGGGCAACGGGUUUAGAGAGGGGCGAGAAAGAGAUGGUACAGGAGGAGGGAAACAGCUGCAGAGCCCCCCUCCUCCUCUUCCUCCACCACCUCCCUCCAACCUCAUGGACAACAUCUCUGGAGAGUUUGCCCUCGUAAUCAACGGUCACAGUCUGGCUCAUGCACUGGAAGCAGACAUGGAGAUGGAGUUCGUCUCGACGGCGUGUGCGUGCAAAGCGGUGAUCUGCUGCCGCGUCACCCCGCUGCAAAAAGCUCAGGUGGUGGAGCUCAUCAAGAAACACAAGAGGGCCGUCACUCUGGCCAUAGGAGACGGAGCUAACGACGUGAGCAUGAUCAAAAGUGCUCAUAUCGGAGUUGGUAUCUCAGGUCAGGAGGGGAUCCAGGCCGUGCUGGCCAGUGACUACUCCUUCUCCCAGUUCCGCUUCCUGCAGCGCCUCCUGCUGGUGCACGGCCGCUGGUCUUACCUGCGCAUGUGCCGUUUCCUCUGCUACUUCUUCUACAAGAACUUUGCCUUCACCAUGGUGCACUUCUGGUUCGGCUUCUUCUGUGGCUUCUCAGCACAGACGGUGUAUGAUCAGUACUUCAUCACUCUCUACAACAUCGUCUACACCUCGCUCCCUGUGCUGGCCAUGGGGAUAUUUGACCAGGAUGUUCCUGACCAGAGGAGUCUGGAGUAUCCAAAGCUGUACGAGCCCGGGCAGCUCAACCUGCUUUUCAACAAGAGAGAGUUCUUCAUCUGCAUCGCCCAGGGCAUCUACACAUCAGUGGUGCUGUUUUUUGUCCCCUGUGCCGUCCUCUCCUACGCCACUCAGAGCACCGGAGUUCCCCUCGCCGACUACCAGACCUUUGCUGUCACCACGGCAACAGCUUUGGUCAUCGUGGUCAGCGUACAGAUCGCUCUGGACACAGGCUUCUGGACUGUUAUCAACCAUGUGUUUGUGUGGGGCUCUCUGGGCUGCUACUUCACCAUCAUGUUCGCUCUGCACAGUCAGACCCUCUUCAGGAUCUUUCCCAACCAGUUCCACUUUGUAGGUAGUGCCCAGAGCACGUUGUUGCAACCAGUCGUGUGGCUAACGAUUGCACUGGCAACAGCAAUAUGCAUAGUUCCAGUUUUGGCAUUCCGCUUCCUCAAGGUGGACCUCAAACCUCAGCUCUCAGACACGGUGCGCCACACUCAGCUGGUGCGGCAGAAGAAGCGAAAGCCGGUAGGUCGCAGCAUGGGAGGAGCCUGGCGUGGGACGGGCAGUGUGUCAGAGGGCCGUCUGGCUCGCGGCAGCUCCAGGAGGUCAGGCUAUGCCUUUGCUCACCAGGAAGGAUUUGGAGAGCUGAUCACCUCAGGGAAGAACAUGAGGCUGUCGUCUCUAGCCCUGGCGACCUUCGCCUCCAGACACAGCUCCAGCUGGAUCGACACACUCCGCAGGAAGAAACACACUCACACUCACACUCCCCCCAGUGCCUCUGGGGAGUGCAGCCCAGCGCCCAGUUGUCUCUCUGGGUCGGUCCCUCCGCUUUCAAACUCCUCCUCUGUUCUGGGCGGCUCGCAGGACACACCUAUUGAAGAGGAGACAGGCGCAGCACCAGCCCAAAAUACACAAACUGUUCCAAAUUCAGCUUCACAAACCUCACCAGCUUCAGCGCCAUCUUCAGAAGAAGCUGCACCUGAGAGUUCAGCCCAGGCCCUUAAUGCUGGCACCCUCACCCCCGCAGCAGUGAGACACCAAGGGGGAGACUCACCUGGAGGCUGGACGAUCACUCUGGGCACCGUGCAGGAAGCUCUGUUUGGUUGGAAAGCGCGCGCCACUCCAUCUAACAACCCUGGCCCGCCCACUGUUGCCAAGGAAACCAGCCAGUUUGAGUAAAACACUCAAAAUAAACGGAGGAAUAACUUGUUCAAUACCGUCCAUCAUGUUUGCUUACAGGAUGUGUUGUGUGCUUUCCAGGAGAUGCACAACAACACUGGGAGCACAGAGACUGUUUUCAGUGCUCCUCUCUCUGUUUCCAAAUAAAACUUCUAUUAUAAAUUUAACAAAUCUGAGGAAGGAGGGGCACAUCCUCAUGACAUGGACCUUGCCAACUAUGAAUGGGGGUUUUAUGGUGAUAUACAUGGUGUAGGGUUACUGUGUUGAUGAAUUACAUCAUGAAAUUUACAGUAUUUAUCUGAAGUAAAGCAGGAGGUGUGGAAACAGAUAACUUACUAUUAAUGAUCUCAAAGAUUGUUUCCUCGUAGCCUCACUCUCAACCACAUCGCGCAGCAUCUCUUCAAAUCAACAGUGGGUUGAAUGAAUGAGCAGAAUAACGACAUUCACUCAAGUGCAGGCAUUAUUAUCUGCAAAAGUGUUUUUGUUUUUAAAUAGUUCUCAGUGAGAACGGUGCUUUAUGUUACAGGACACUGCAAGACUGUUGCAAGACUUGUGUCCCUUAUCUCCCCUCAAUCUCUUUUAUUACUUAUUAUAAACCUACUUCAUGUUUUCUUGUUCCUUUUUUGCAUCAUAUUGAUGUGUUUUAUAAUGGCCCAGUUGAGUUGCACCUUAAAGCGAGCGCUCAGUGCUUCUUCUCCUAAUUUAAAGGUUUUUUAUUUGGUCUGACAAAGGGCCAGAUCAUGUUGGUGUACCUCUGAUGUAACGUCUCCGCAACCGCAGUCUGAAAAGCAGAGUGGAAAAGGCAAACUGCCCAGAUCUAACCUUUAGUAAGCCCAUGGCAAAGUGCAAAGAAGCAGGCAGGUGAUUUGUCAAACAGUCUGUACGCUGCUUUAAAGUUUUAUUUGUCCAUGAAUAAAGGGAAGGUGUGUGGCGAUGAUCAUGCCU